AUGUAUUAAGGGUGUGGCCAUGGCAGUUACACACUCUGUUUUCUCAUAAUUAUUCUUCUACUUCUUCUUCUUCUCUUUGCUUUUGUUUUCAUCAAUCUCACUGCUCUAAAUGCCUCUGCUCUUCACUUUCAUCAGGGAUUAGUUGAUAAGCACCCAUUAACACAAGAACUAUGGUAGUUUCUGAAUCAGAAAGUAUUGCCUAUGGCAGAAAUGGAAACACAUGUCCUUCUCAUCAACAAGAUCAAGAUUCAUUGAAGGAAACCUCAUCAGUUUCUCCAUUAGCAGCAGCAGGAGCAGGAGAAGGAGGACAGAGUUCUUCUUCUCUGCUAUCACUUACUCUAAAUGAAAUUCAACACAAAAGUGGCAAGAGUUUUGGGUCCAUGAACAUGGAUGAUUUUCUUGCCAACUUGUGGAGUGUAGAUGAAAAUCAAGGUCCAUCACAACCAAACCAACACCAACCCACCAAAGAUAACAACAAUAAUAGUAACAAUAGUUCUAAUAAUGGCAUACUAAACCAGCCCCCAUUGGCUCGACAAGGUUCCUUCUCUAUUCCUGCGCCUCUCUGCAAGAAAACUGUGGAUGAAGUGUGGUUUGAGAUACAAAAAGAUCGUCCCGAGCACCAAAACUCUACCAAUACUGGUCCUCAUGAACCUCCUCAACGACAACUAACUCUUGGAGAAAUGACCCUUGAAGAUUUCUUGGUAAAAGCUGGCGUAGUACGAGAAGCACCAGGGUCUGCUUCAUCACAGCAAAAAAUAGUAAACAUUCCUGGUAUUCAAAAUAUAAGCUUGGAUGCAGUAUUAGGAAUGGGGCAAGUAAUGGGAAUUGGAUUUUCUGCUGCCCACCACCAACGUAUUGGAAACAACUUCUCUGCUGGUAAUGAUUUUACAUCAUACCAAAUGUUCCCAUCAGAUGCAAGUAAUGGUAAACAUGAAGAAGGUCAGCAGCAAAGCAAGAAGAGGAUACUUGAUGGUCCGCCAGAGGUAGUCGUGGAGCGGAGGCAGCGGAGGAUGAUCAAGAAUAGAGAGUCAGCUGCACGAUCUCGGGCUAGGAAGCAGGCAUAUACAGUGGAGUUGGAACUAGAGUUGAAUCAACUUAAAGAAGAGAAUGCUAAGUUAAAGCAACUUGUGGAGGAAAUCGAGCAGAACCAAGAGGAAGAGGUGAUGCCAGAGAAGAAGGGUGAUAAUAAACUGAAGAGCAUAAGGAGGACAGUGAGCCUGAGUUGGUGAAUAUAUUUAUAUAUAAGUUUAUUGAAUAAUAAGUGGGGAUAUACAAUACAAUACAAUACAA